AUGACAACAAGCGAAAGGAGUGAGAGCAUCAAUGCCUUUUUAGAUAGCUCUGUAAAUGAAAACACUAGAUUAGUUGAGUUCGUGGGUCAAUAUGACAAUACAAUGGCAUCUCGUUGUGCAUCAAAAUCUCAUGAAGACUUCAUGACUUUGAACACUGUGCCUGUGAUGACCUUCUCAAAUCCGAUUGAAGAGCAAUUUGGAAAAGCAUACACUAGGGUGAUCUUAAAGAUGUUCCAAAAGGAUCUUGGUGAUGUGAUGUCAUUACAUCGUGAAGAAGUGUCAAAGGAGGAGCUGAAAGUUGUAUAUUUGGUUGGCAAAUAUUUUGAAACAAAAAGAAUUAGGAAGAAGUAA